GUACAUUUACUAGUUUACAUAAAAUUGUUCAUAUAGCUCUAGCUUUCUGGUUUCUCACUAUCUCUCCCGUAACUGUUCCCAUGACUUCCUCGCCGCACCGUUCCGGCGGCGAAGGCGACGCUAACGCUGAUAAAAGGCCGAGAUUUUUCGACACAAAGACAAAAAACAUCUGUUGGGCAAAGGCUGACACUGUUCCCGGCCGUCACCCAGAAAGGUGGCGCAAAGACGCCGCCGGUAACAUUGUCUGUAAACGUUUCUUCAACUGCCUUGGCUGUCUCUGCUACGAGUACGAUCACAUCAUCCCUUAUUCCAAAGGGGGUGAAUCAACAGCCGAUAAUUGCCAAAUACUUCAAUCAAGAGUGAACAGAUUAAAAUCAAACAAAGAUCAGAUUGAUUCGGAUAAGUUGAGAGGCUACUCUUGUGAUAUUAAUUUUACUGAAAAGGAGCUCGACAUAAUUGAGAUGGCUGUUUAUGGCGAUGUAAUCCGGCCAGGAAACCAGUGUAGAUGCAGAACUAUUGAUGAAAUGCUUGGAAAAUACAAGGCCAAAGACAACACAAAUGCAUGCAAGUUACCAUAGAAGGAGGAAUCUUAGCCGCGAUCAACAAUUUUCAAGACUUGUAUUUAUUAAAAGAAGCUCCUUACCCUAUUCUUAUUUUUUUAGACAAAAUAUUAUGAUUUCCUCACUUUCCGUCCUUGGUCUUGUGUAAAGAUCGACAUCUAGAUGGUUAAUUAAAUAUAACUUGACGAGGAAAAGGAGGGUGUUAGACAGAUUAGAGAAAUCAGGAGGUGUAGAUUUCAGAUAAAAGUACCCAAUAGAUUGUUGGGGAAGUGCAUUAGCAAAGGUUUAUAUUACAGUACUGCAUUGUUGCGAAUUCUCAACUUGGGAAGUCUGUUAUAUUUUCAAACUACACGUGGAAUGCAUGUUCUUUGUUGUUCACAAGUGUUCACUUGUCUUAGAGAUUGAUACACUAUAUGGAACAAAUUCUAUGGCUUGUAUUUAGAUAUUGUGGUGGUAGAAUGUGUAAUUUAAUUUGUGAUUGAAGUAUUGAACUGAUUCUGUGACUGAUAAUAGU